AUGGCCGACUCAGGCUGGCUCCAGUGGGCCUACCUCUUGGCCACCACCGCCACUGGCAUGUCCAUCGUGAUGAUCGCACAGACUGCGAAUUCGUACUGGGCGGCAUACAAGGUUGCGCCGCAGGAGGUGGCUAGCUUUAUCGACACUCUUGAUUUUUCUCUCGAGGAGAACGAAGGGUACGACCGGGACGUCUCCAAGGUCCAGCGUCUUGAGGACAAGAUCCGCCUUAAUCGCUUGCUGAGGGAAAUCCAAAAGAUCGGAGAUGACUUGCGCGAUGAGCUGAGCUGCCUGGUCCUCGAGGAGGGCGAAACCAAGCUACGGACCAGCUCAAGGCUCAUGUGGGCGUCGAAGCGCUCGCAGCUGGAGGAGAGAAUGAAGCGACUGGAGACGCUGCGCAUGCGCUUCAUGAUGGUCUAUUUAGGCAUUAUAACUUCAAUCGCAAAAAAGCAGCCGCCGCCUCCGCCUCCGCUGCCCAAGCAGCUGCCGGAAAAGACCACUUACACAACACCCACCAGGCCCUCGGCAAAGAAGUCGUUUGAUGAUCUGCCCCGACGCACGCCUGCCCGAAGACUUACCACGCAGGCCAUCGGGCACAAUGAGCAUGUUGAGACACCCCAGCGCAGUGGCUGGGCCGGAGUCGUCCAGGAGUUGCAGAUGUCGCCGCGGAUGCGGGCACGGCACGCCUCCAUCGAAAAGCUCAUG